AGGAGCUGCCGGCAGAACAGGCGGGGGCACUCACUGACUCAAAACCGAACGCCGAGCCAGCGUGGUUUCCUCCGGCCAGCCCCGCUGCACACGUGUGUCACCCACCCCAGCUCAUGAUUCAUCUGCUGGGCUGCUCAAAACCUCCGGCCGCCCCGAAGCUGCUCUCCAUCCCCAGCGCUGGGGCCGUCCUGAGCAACCCCCCGCGCUCGGGGCUCGCGGGAGAAGAUGGGAAAACUCUGCCCGGCUCUCGGGAUCGCCGUGGUCGUGCUCUGCGCUGCUGCCGUCCGGGGGGGUAACAUCUGCACCACGCGGGGGGUGAACUCCUGCAAGCAGUGCCUGGCCGUGAGCCCCCUGUGUGCCUGGUGCUCUGCGCAGUUCCUGGCCCAGGGAUCACCUCGCUGCGACCUGCGCAGCAACCUCCUCCAGAACGGGUGCGGGCGGGACCACGUCGAGUUCCCGACCAGCAGCGUAAAGAUCCUGGAGGACAGACCUCUCAGCGACAAGGGCUCGGGGACCACCACCACCACCCAGAUGAGCCCUCAGGAAAUAGAGCUGAACCUGCGGCCAGAUGACUCCCAGAUCUUUCGUGUCCAAGUACGCCAGGUGGAAGACUACCCCGUGGACAUCUAUUACCUGAUGGACCUGUCCAACUCCAUGAAGGAUGAUCUAGUCAACAUCCAGAACUUGGGCACCAAGCUGGCCAGCGAGAUGGGCAAGCUAACCAGCAACCUACGCAUUGGUUUUGGGGCCUUUGUAGACAAGCCCAUCUCUCCCUACAUGUAUAUAUCACCUCCAGAAGCCAUCAAAAAUCCUUGCUAUGAGAUUGCUGAGACUUGCCUACCCAUGUUCGGCUACAAACACGUCCUAGCGCUCACAGAUGAGGUGACCCGCUUCAACGAGGAGGUGCAGAAGCAGCGUGUCUCACGGAACCGUGAUGCGCCGGAGGGCGGCUUUGAUGCCAUCAUCCAAGCCACCGUCUGCGAUGAGAAAAUCGGCUGGAGAAAUGAUGCUUCCCAUCUGCUGGUCUUCACCACGGAUGCCAAGACCCACAUCGCGCUGGACGGGAGGUUGGCAGGCAUCGUGCAGCCCAACGACGCCCAGUGCCACAUCGACAAGAAUAACUACUACUCGGCCUCCACCACGCUGGACUAUCCCUCGCUGGGCCUGAUGAUGGAGAAACUCUCACAGAAGAACAUCAACUUGAUCUUUGCUGUGACCGAUACCGUGGUCGGCCUCUACCAGAACUACAGCGAGCUGAUCCCAGGCACGACUGUGGGGACCUUGUCCCGGGACUCCAGCAACGUCCUGCAGCUCAUCGUGGACUCCUACGGCAAAAUCCGCUCCAAGGUGGAGCUGGAAGUGCGUGACCUCCCCGAAGAGCUGUCCCUGUCCUUCAAUGCCACCUGCCUCAACGACGAGGUCAUCCCCGGACUCAAGUCGUGCGUGGGGCUCAAGAUCGGGGACACGGUGAGCUUCAGCAUCGAGGCCAAGGUGCGGGGCUGCCCGCAGGAGCCCCAGAAAUCCUUCACCAUCAAGCCCGUGGGCUUCAAGGACAGCCUGACCGUGCGGGUGAACUUCAACUGCAACUGCUCCUGCGAGGCUCGGGCCGAGGCCGGCAGCCCCUCGUGCAGCCAGGGCAACGGCACGCUGGAGUGCGGCGUGUGCCGCUGCAACGCCGGCCGCCUGGGCUCGCACUGCGAGUGCUCCGAGGAGGAGUACAGCCCCUCGCAGCAGGACAACUGCAGCCCCCGCGAGGGCCAGCCCCUCUGCAGCCAGCGGGGCGAGUGCAUCUGCGGGCAGUGCGUGUGCCACAGCAGCGACUUCGGCAAGGUGACGGGCAAGUACUGCGAGUGCGACGACUUCUCCUGCGUCCGCUUCAAGGGCCAGAUGUGCUCGGGCCACGGGCAGUGCAGCUGCGGGGACUGCCUGUGCGACUCGGACUGGACCGGGGACUACUGCAACUGCACCACCCGCACCGACACCUGCAUGUCCAGCAACGGGCUGGUGUGCAGCGGGCACGGCGCCUGCGUCUGCGGCAAGUGCGAGUGCACCCAGCCCGGCUCCUACGGCGACACCUGCGAGAAGUGUCCCACGUGCCCGGACGCCUGCACCAUCAGAAAGGACUGUGUGGAGUGCAAGAAGUUUGAGCGGGGCGUCCUCGUGGAGCAGCAGUCCUGCAGCCGCAUGUGCCGCUACGAGAUCGAGACAGUGCAGGAACUCGGCGACAAUGGCAAAGACGCCGUGAACUGCACGUACAAGGACGAGAACGACUGCGUGGUGAGGUUCCAGUACUACGAGGACUCCAGCGGGAAAUCCUUCCUCUCCGUCAUAGAGGAGCCAGAGUGCCCAAAGGGACCAGAUAUCCUGGUGGUCCUGCUCUCGGUGACAGGGGCCAUCCUGCUCAUCGGCCUCGCUGCCCUGCUCAUCUGGAAGCUCCUCAUCACCAUCCAUGAUCGUCGGGAGUUUGCCAGGUUUGAGGAGGAGAAGGCCAGGGCAAAGUGGGACACGGGCAACAACCCUUUGUACAAAGAGGCUACGUCGACCUUCACUAACAUCACCUACCGCGGGAACAUGUAAGGACGCCUGCCCCGUCCCUUCCCAGCGCUGGCCGUGGGAUCAGCGAGGAUCGCGGGACCUUCUGGAGUUUGGUUUACAGAAGAGCUCGUGUGUUGUCCCUGCGCGAGUGUGUCCACAGGUGUGCAAGUGUGUCUGUAACUUAACCCCUCGACUGGCUCCAAGACCCUGUUGUCCGUCACCCCACUGUACCGCAGGGAUGUUCUCUCCACGGCAAACCUCUUCUUUACCUCCGGGCUGACUCCACGGAAGCGGGCGGCCCCUCCAUGCACUGAACAAGGAGAAAGGGGACUUUCUCUGGCUGCCAAGUCUGUGAACUCUGUUAGGUGCUCAUCAGGGCCGAGCGGAUUUCAGGAGCGGCCGCUUGAACCCAAGGCCGCGAGCAGCUCUGUGUGGCCCGUGCUGGAGGAGCUCUGCCUGCCUGGAGACUCCCCACAUUGAUCUGCUGGAUCCCUUGUGCACUGGACGGUCCUUGGCCCUCCCGGGGCAGGAGCCAUCACCAUGCUUUACCGGCUGAGGUUACUGCUUGAGUAACCUGGCAGCCCGGUGCUUCUUGCAGCAACACAUUUCUGGCACUGCACUGGUCCAAGACAGUGAAAAGCAGUGCCCUGACGCUGCAGUGACCUUCCGAAAUCCCUCCUCACGCGCUCAGUUUGCACCAGCAGCCACCUCCAUGUAGCACCAGCUGUGCUGGUCCCAGCUGCAGCCUGGCACAUGCCCUCAGCCAGCGCUGAGCUCCCGCUGUCCACCUCCCCCAAGCCAGGAAGCACGUGGCUGGUUUAGGACAGGUCCUGCUGCCUGGAGCAGCACUGGUGAGCAGCACCCACAGGCUUUUUUUAUGACAGGAAAAUAAAAAAGGGGCCUGGUGCCACCUUGGUCAGAGCUUGGCUCUGCUGGCAGUGCUGCUGCCUGAGCCCCUGGGUACCUGGAUCCUGGUGGAUUUGUUGCACCAAAUAGCAACCAAGACCUCACAAAAGCUGCCUGGGCUGUUCCUCCAUGCCUACCUCCACACCAUGCCCAGGGCUGCGCUGGCCAGGCUCAGGCCUAGGGCAAGGGGACCGAGCUCUGGUUUUGUCGGGGGUCUCUUCCCCCUUCUCUCAAACACUCUGCUGCGCUUGGAAGCAGCCUGAGCCUGGACUCCCUCCAGGAGAGCCAAGCUGGUGCAGGGCACGUGUCCCCUGCUCUGCAUCCCGACUUCUCCAGCAGUGCAGGAACUGCCGGUGUCCUGGAGUGACGGCCAUGGGCAGAGGCUGCGGGAGCUGGUGCAGCAGUGGGGGCUGAGCCCUAUUGCCAGCGCUGGGGGUGCUCCAGAGCCCGCCCUGGCAUCCAGCAGGGCAGCAGUGACUCGUUCCACCUCCGGCUGCUUCCCAGGGCACCAAAUAAAAAGCCUCAAACCACUAA